AGAUGUCUGCAGCCUGUGUGCCUAGCAGCAGCAGCAGCAGCAGCAGCAGCAGUGUGUUCACCAAAAAGGGAGACGAGGAGAAAGCCGCAUGCAGAAAGAACAAAAAAAAAAAAAAAAAACAAUCUAGAUGGCUUUUCCUGCAUUGUGAGGGAUUUAGCUGUUUGUCACCUUUAGGCCUGUUGGAUAUAAAACCAUCGCUCUCUGCUGCUGGGCUUUCACAAUAGAGGACAGCAGCUCCAGAUGAGUGUACUUGCUGCAGCGGCACAGAAGUCAGACAGCAGCAGCAGCAGCAGCAGCAACGGUGACAUGCAGUCGGCCGCAGUGGCUCCCUCCUUCAUCCCCAGCCAGCCAGGGAAGAUACCGGGCAGGAAGAGGGGCAGGCCCCCCCUCCGCAGCGUGGCCAAGAUGGAUUUCCCCAACCGGUACCCCGAGUCGCUGCCGCCGCUCAAAGUGCCGAAGAAGAGGGGGAGAAAGCCGGGCUUCAAGCUCAAACCGCGGAUGGUGAUGACCCCUCUGGCUAUUUCUCCACCCAGCAGCACGCCCGAGCCUGAUAUGAGCUCCAUCCCUCAGGACGCUGCCACCAUCCCCCAUUCGGCCACAGCCCAGGUGCUAACAGUUUGCAUCUACAUCAACAAGCAGGCCAACACGGGCCCCAACCUGGACAGGAAGAAGAUCCAGCAGCUUCCAGAUCACUUCGGACCCGACCGGCCGUCCGUCGUGCUGCAGCAGGCCGUCCAGGGCUGCAUCGACAGCGCCUUCCAGCAAAAAACCGUGUUCACUCUCCUCACGCAAGGCUAUGGAGGAGAAAAAAUAUCAGGUGCUGUACCAAGACCUCGACCAGCCACAUUUGAUGGGAAGCAGCAUCUUUUGAGCCUCCCUGUGGUGAACAGCAUCGACUAUGUGCUUCGUUUCCUCAAGAAGCUCUGUCGUAGCCUGCACUGUGAAAACCUCUUCAGCGAUCAGCCCAUUAGCCAGCGCAGCGGUGGAUCCUAUCACUCAGACGCUGAAACGUCUGUGGCCGACGAUUACCAUGGAGACCAGUCAGAAGCCAAGCGCUACUCCGUUGACCACGGCGAUUCCGCCUUCGGCUCCAUAAGCUCCUCCUACUCCUCCAAGUCCUCCUACGGGUUUCGCUCUUCGCAGCAGUUCUCCGGCGGCUCGGGCUCCAUGAGCAUGUGCAGGCAGCCAGCCUCCAGCCCCAACAUGUUCCCGGACGGCAACAGGACGGGAGGAUAUAACGUGUCUCCAGAAUCCCAGGAAUCCAAAGCUCCGGCCAAUAAGGACCCGACCACGUGGUCUGUGGAGGAUGUUGUUUGGUUCAUCAGAGAUGCAGAUCCCCAGGCUCUGGGCCCCCAUGCAGACAUCUUCAGGAAGCAUGAGAUUGACGGAAACGCCUUGCUGCUCCUGAAGAGCGACAUGAUCAUGAAGUACCUCGGACUGAAGCUCGGGCCGGCCUUGAAGCUGUGCUACCACAUCGACAAACUAAAGCAGACCAAGUUCUGAAAACUGUGCCAAACCCGGUGUCCGGUAGAACAUUCUAGAGGGGUUCGGUUCUCUGGCCGGCCGGUCUGUGACCCAAUGAGAAAGAAAAAGUCUCCGUUUGAUUUAGGAUCCUUCCUAUACAUUUUCAGCCUUUUAGAAACAUUUUAGCAGAAGUUUUACCUUCGUUUUAGCAUUAAAUGCUUCCUAACUGGAUUGUGAAAGGGUAUUUCAGUGGAUGAGAACCUACAGAAAAGCAAAUCAUUUAUGUUCGAGAGGCUAAAAAUCAGAAACGUCUGCUGUUAAGGGGAAAAAUUUGACUUGAGUUUUGGAAGCAGACGGACAGCCAAAGAAUCUGAUCCGACAAUUUGUAGACAACCGAUGAGAUUCCCAGAGGCUCACAGACCAGAAGACUCUUUUUGAACCAGUUUGCCAAUAAUUUCAUGAUGUCACAAAUUCGCCUCUCGUUCUCUCUCUACCUGAUCUCCGUUCACAGAUCUCGACGUACAGUUCCAGCCAGAAGUCACUCAUCCUCAUCGUGAUAUAUUUAACUAGAGACUAGUGAGGGUGUAUGUAUGUAAAUAUUUGAAUCUUAUUAGAGAAAAUCCACAACAAAUCCAAAGUUGUGGGCCUAAUUCCUGUUUAAUUUUGUUCCAUUUUUUUUAUAUCAUGGAAGCAAAUAGAAAAAAAAUAAUUAAAUGCUCAAAAUUAUGAUAAUAUCAUUCUGAUUUCAUGUUCAUGCCCAGAACGUGUGGAUGCAAACUUCUGACCAGAACUGUACAAUCUUGAUUCUGAAAAACAUCCUUCACACAUGUAGCCUAAUAAGUAAAAAAAAUAUGUUUUUUUCCCACAACAAUCAUAAAUCAUCAUCUUGCCUAAUUAGCUGGCUCAACGCAUAUCUGUACCAGUACUGAACAAUGGUGCAUUUAGUACAGCAUUCGAUUCACAGGUUUAGAAAAUCACUUUGAUACUAUUUUUUCACAUUACCGUAUUACAAGAAGUAAUGGAUUUGUCACUCUUUGUUUUUGUAUAACUUGAAUAUUUAAACAGUAUAGCAAAGCAAAAUAACGCAGAAUAUAAAGAAGAUGACGGCACCGUCGGUGUGAUAUAUUUAUGUCUUAGAAUGCCAGAUUGUCACGUGCCGGUCAUCUCCGCUUCAUAUACUCUCAGAUUACGUUUUUUGUUUUUCUAUUUUUUUAUCAUUUAAACGUUAGUGUCGAUAUAGAAAGUUGCCAAAACACCCAAAACCCCUGGCGGUUAUGUAAAUGCAUUUAUUAUUUAGUAUUGCUUUUUGUAUGCCACUUUUGGUGGUACGGUAUGCGUCCUUUUCUAAAUGACUGACCUUUGUAAGUGAACGCUGCUGUGAGACACUGCAGGCGAGCCGUGUCCAGUGAGAUCAGACGGAGGCGUUUUAUUUUGAAAACCACAGCGAGGAAGAGUUUUUAGGAGAGUCCGCCGAGGCUCUGCUGGUGCUACACUUUAUCUACGUAUUUAACUGUUUGCUUUUGUGUUUGUGAGAUCUCCACAGGAUCUUCUGACUGUGCUGUACUGUAUGUGAGCAUUAAAACUCAACCAAGAGUCCAAAA